CGAACUUUGAAUAAAUGAGAACAACUCCGAAUAGUGUUAAAGAAACAGCUUCUAAAACGUCAACAUAAGAUUAUAAAAAAUAAUAAUCAUAACCUGUAUGUGAAUUUAAAUAUUAGAAAGACUGUUAGCAUACCAGAAUCUAGUUAAUUAUUUCACAUUCCCUAAAAAUAUUGUCAUUAACGUUUUAAACCAUAGCCAACAAUAUCUAAAUCUAUAGAAGAGAAAAGAUGCAAGGUGAAUAAAAAUAAUCUAUCAGAAUUAAAUAAUCGUACUAAUAGUAGUUCGAAAAGUCGUAUAUCUGGUUUUACAAGUAAUUAAUUGGAAGAUGAUUCUCUUUAUAAUUCAUAGAAUGCACUGAAAUUAAAGAAAAUAAUAGGUGAUUCUUAAGCAUAUAAUACUAACCUAUUUGUGUAUGAAUUUUAUUUUUAGUCUUUUAAGUUCUAAAUCUAAUUUAACUUGUGAUUCAUCCAGUCCAGGAGGUAGAUAAAAUAAAUCAGCCUACAAAAAAUCAGGAGAUUUUGAUAUCAAUUAAUUAAACAUGUUAAAAGAAAAAAGUAUAACACAUAAAAAAGCAUAAUCAUAAUAAACAAGUCAUUCAAAAGAAUUAAUUGAUUAGUUUUUAAAUCUUGAUAAAUAGAUUCAAGGAUCAACUCUGGAAUAACAAAAGAAAUAGCAAUAUUUAAAAUAAAGAGGUUUAUGGGAUCCAUUUAAAGAUCUUUUUAUUAAGUAAUUUGCUAGAACUCCAGUAUAAUUUAAGAAUAUGUUCAAUUAAUUAUAAGUUUAAGUCAGAGAAAUUGAAUAAUAAUGGUCAGAUAUAAUUAUGUAAAUAGCAAAUAAUUUAUUUGAAUUACUGUCAAAUUCUGCUGUCCUUAUGGUUUAUGAAUAAGAUCUAAAAUUAAAUGAACUAAUUGAAUAAAUGAGAAGGGAAAGAGAUAUUUGGUAGAAUAAUUAUAAAUCUCUUGAAUAAGAAAGAGAUAUUCUUUUAGAAACAGUUUCUUAAUUAAAAUAAACAUUAGAAAAAGAGAGAGAUUCUCCAUUUUAAUAAGAUAAAAAAUAAAAAGAUCUUGAUUCUGUAGACACUCCUAAAUUAAAAGAAAUAACUAUUUUAAUGCAAUAAAAAAUUUAAGAAAUGUCUGAAAAAGAGGCAAAAUUAAUUAAGUUAGUAUUAGCUAUUCGUAGAACUGGAAUAGAUAUAGAGAAAAUAUAUAAUGAGGAAGUUUUGAAUGAAGAUUCUUUAUCAGAGUAACCUAAUUAAUCUAAUAGAGAAAAGAAGUAAUAAUCAUAAUUUAUUUAUAGAUAAAUAUUAACUAAAAUUGAAAGAAGUUUUCAUGAUGCUGAUAAUUCAGUAGUAAAUGAUUCUGAUGAAUCUAGUUUUUAAUAUAAUGGAAGAUUAGAUGAUGAUAGUAUUAUUGAGAGUAUUAGAAGAUUUGAAAAUAGAAAUUAAAAUAGUACUUAUGCUACAGAGAGUAAAAGUUCAGUUAAAAUGAAGAUAGAUUUAUCAAAAUGCAAUUAAUAAUAAUAAAAAAUACAAUAGUUAUAAUAGUUAUAGUAAUAAUAGCAAUAAAAAAAAAUUUAACAGCAACUUUAAUAAUAUAAUAUGAAUAAAUUAAAAAUCCCUGAUCAAGAAGGCAUAGGAUUUCAUUAAGAAUUUAUGAUGAAAUUUAAUGAGUUUUCUGAAAGUUGGAGAGUGUAAGUGUUGAAAGAUGAAAAGAGAACAAAAUCUUGA